GGUGCUAUGGCGGAGGGGCGGAGCGUCGCCCGUAGGGUGCUGGAGCUGAAGGAGCUGCUGGGCUGCGCGCAAGAGCCCGAGGAGAUCAUAAAAACACUUAAGGUGCUACAGGAUUUGGAUAUAUCACUGGAUAUUCUAGUGGAAACUGGCAUAGGCAAAACAGUUAACAGUUUUAGGAAACAUGCCACUGCUGGGAAUGUAGCUAAAACCCUGGUAAAACAAUGGAAAAAACUUAUUCCUCCAGAAAAUAAAAGUGGUCCCAGAGGAAGAAAACAAAAUACUGAAAAAGAAAAAGAUGAGACAAAAGCUUCUGUUUCCGAGGAGGUUAAGCAUCCAGAGAAGUCCAAAGCAUCUGUACUGGCAUCCAGAAGUUCCAAUAGCGCUCCCAUUUUGAAAAAAUUGAAUAAGCAGCGUACUUGUAGUGAAAAGACCCACCGAAGUAGAGAUCGUGAGUCUCAGAAAGAAUGUGAUAAUAAAGAAUGGAGCAGCAGUUCUAAGCAUGCUUCCCACAGUAACAAUCCUCAAGCUAAAGAAAGUGACUUCAAAGAGAGAACCACCACAGACAGCAAGAAAGUUUCAGAAAAGCAGUGUUCCUCUGUAGCCAAUAAAGACUUACCAUCCCUGAAGGAAAAGCCUAGUAAGGAUGCUUCCAAACAGAGAAAUCCUAAGCAUGUGAAGAAACCAAACCAAAAGCUCGUCAUAAAAAGCAAAGUGGAAUUAUCUAGUGAGGAAAAGCAGUGUUCCUCUGUAGCCAAUAAAGACUUACCAUCCCUGAAGGAAAAGCCUAGUAAGGAUGCUUCCAAACAGAGAAAUCCUAAGCAUGUGGAGAAACCAAACCAAAAGCUCGUCAUAAAAAGCAAAGUGGAAUUAUCUAGUGAGGAAAAGCAGUGUUCCUCUGUAGCCAAUAAAGACUUACCAUCCCUGAAGGAAAAGCCUAGUAAGGAUGCUUCUAAACAGAGAAAUCCGAAGCAUGUGGAGAAACCAAACCAAAAACUCAUCAUAAAAAGCAAAGUGGAAUUAUCUAGUGAGGAAGAAUUUGAGCCCCCUACUAUGUCUUUUGAAUCUUACCUUAAUUAUGAUCAGGUUACCAAAAAAAGAAAGAGGAAGGCUUGUUCUACAGGUGAACGGACAAAGUGCAGUGAACAGAACAACUCAUUACCACAAAAGGCUUCAAAAUUUUUUCAUGAAAAAGAGAGAGAGGACGAUGAAAAAAAAAGUGAGAAUGAUCAAUCAGAAACUCCCAAUAAAAAGGCCAAGGUGGCAUGUCUCCAAGAUCUUCUUAAUACUCCACUGCCUAAAUUUCUGACAGGCAUCUCGGUCUCAUCUACCUCAUAUGCUGCUGAAUUUAAAGAUUUCCUAGCACCUGCUGUAGAAGCACCCCAGCAAGUCGUUGAGACUAUUCAAUUCACAGGACGGAGACUGAACUCUAAAAUGCAAGUUUACUCUGGCUCUAAAACAGUCUGUCUUUCAAAGAUGCUUACGCUGUAUGAACAGUGCAUCCGUGUGCUUCAAAAUAAUAUUGAUUCACUACAUGAAGUAGGAGGUGUGCCCUUUGAAAUUCUUGAGCCUGUGCUAACACGUUGCACGCCAGAGCAGUUGUUUCGAAUAGAGGAAUGUAAUCCGACAUUUACAGAAGAGUCUGACCACUUGUGGAAGAAACACUGCCAGAGAGAUUUUAAAAAUGAGAGCCUUCUGGAAUAUGAGUCUUGGCGUGAAAUGUACUUGAGGUUGUUUAAUCAGAGAGAAGAAAAACUGAAGACGCUUACAAAAAAUAUUAUUUCAGCUCAGUCUGAGAAACCAAAAGGCAGGCAAGUAAAAAUGGCUUAUGUGACCAGUGCAGCAAAACCACCAAGGAACAUUCGCCGACAGCAAGAAAUCCACGGGACAGCCGGACCUGUCACCCAACUUCAUCCCAUAGAGAAGUGCAAGUUAAGGAUUGCAGAAAGCAGACACAGAAAUAACUCAUCAUCAAAUCCUAUCCCUGCUAGCAACAGUGGAAGCUCUAGCUCAAGCGUAAUGCCUCAAGAUGGAAAGAAGCCUAUCAAAAAAAUUGCACCAAUCAUGAGGAAAACUUUGAAAGCCUUGAAGAGUAGAGCCGGACGACGGUAAAAUGAGGCUGCGUAUUUGAAGCUUUUGUGACUAUUUGUGUAUCAUGCUACAGCUAACGAAAGUAAUGUUAAUGUAAACAUUCUUCAAUUUGCCUUAGUUAAAGUAGUUAUGAAACGGUGCAGGGGCGAAUGAUUUGCAAUAAAA